AUGGCACCAAAUUCUGCUGUAACAACAGCUGAGAAAUCCAGCACCAACAACUACACCUUGUUGCAAGUUCAUGAUUCUGACUCUCCCAUGUUCCCAGAGAAGCAGAAAGCCACGAGCCGCAAGCAGUUCACGUGGUUUCUUCUCCUUAAACUCCACAGAGUUAUGACAUGUUUGUCGUGGUUGACCAAUGGUCUCAAAUCCACUGUUGCUUUGGUGAAGAAGCGCGUUUCACUGGCUGACAUGAGCGACGAGGGUCCUAAGAGUAGAGGGAGGUUGUACAGGUUCAUCAAGGUCUUUCUUGCUCUCUCAAUUGGAGGCUUGGUGAUAGAGAUCAUUGCUCAUUUCAACCGAUGGAACUUGCACAUGAUUCAUCCUUGGGAGGUUCAGGGUCUGCUGCAAUGGUCUUAUAUGGCUUGGCUCUCUUUCAGGGAAGACUAUGUUGCUCCUCUUGUUCUGCUUGUUUCCAAGUUCUGCAUUGUGCUCUUCUUGAUUCAGUCUCUGGAUCGCCUUGUUCUUUGCAUCGGAUGCUUCUGGAUCAAGUACAAGAAGUUGAAGCCAACCAUUGAUGCAGAUGCUUGUGAUGUUGAGGACCCCUCAAACUUUCCAAUGGUUCUUGUUCAGAUUCCCAUGUGCAAUGAGAGAGAGGUUUAUUCCCAAUCCAUUGGUGCUGUUGCUCAACUCGAUUGGCCAAAAGACAGAAUCUUGAUUCAAGUGCUAGAUGAUUCGGAUGAUGGAAAUUUACAGAUGCUCAUCAAAGAGGAGGUUGCUUCUUGGAAAGAGAAAGGGGUCAACAUUGUGUACAGGCACAGAUUGAUUAGAACUGGGUAUAAAGCUGGGAAUCUUAAGUCUGCAAUGUCAUGUGACUAUGUUAAAGACUACGAAUUUGUGGCAAUUUUUGAUGCAGAUUUUCAGCCCAAUCCUGAUUUCCUCAAACUAACCAUUCCACAUUUCAAGGGAAAACCUGACUUGGGGCUGGUCCAGGCUAGAUGGUCCUUUGUGAACAAAGAUGAGAAUCUACUGACAAGGCUCCAGAACAUUAACCUGUGCUUUCACUUUGAGGUGGAACAACAGGUUAAUGGCUAUUUCUUGAAUUUCUUUGGGUUCAAUGGAACAGCUGGAGUUUGGAGGAUAAAGGCUUUGGAGGAAUCAGGAGGGUGGUUGGAGAGGACCACAGUUGAAGACAUGGACAUAGCUGUCCGAGCUCAUCUGAAUGGAUGGAAGUUUAUCUUCCUUAAUGAUGUCAAAGUUCUAUGUGAAUUACCAGAGUCUUAUGAAGCUUAUAAGAAACAACAACAUCGUUGGCACUCUGGUCCAAUGCAGCUUUUCAGACUGUGCCUUCCUGCAAUAUUAACUUCCAAGAUAUCAGUCUGGAAGAAGUCUAAUUUGAUAUUUCUGUUCUUCCUAUUGAGGAAACUUAUACUUCCCUUCUACUCAUUCACCUUGUUUUGCAUCAUACUACCCUUGACUAUGUUCAUCCCUGAGUCUGAACUACCCCUUUGGGUGAUAUGUUAUGUCCCCAUUUUCAUGUCUUUCUUGAACAUCCUUCCAGCCCCAAAAUCUGUCCCUUUCCUAGUUCCUUAUCUUCUGUUUGAGAACACCAUGUCAGUCACAAAGUUCAAUGCCAUGAUUUCUGGACUUUUCCAGCUAGGAAGUGCCUAUGAGUGGGUAGUGACAAAGAAGACAGGGAGAUCCUCUGAGUCAGAUUUGUUAGCCUUGGCUGAGAGAGAAUCAAAGUCUUCAAAUGAAGAAAAGAUUCUCAGAAGACACUCAGAGUCUGGCUUGGAACUGUUAGGAAAACUCAAGCAAUCAGAAGAAGUCCCUUCAAAGAAAAAAAGAAACAGACUCUACAGGAAGGAGCUUGCACUUGCACUUCUUUUGCUCACAGCAUCUGCAAGAAGCCUUAUGUCAGCACAUGGUGUUCACUUCUACUUUUUGCUCUUCCAAGGAUUGUCAUUUCUCGUAAUGGGUUUGGACUUGAUCGGUGAACAAGUUAGCUGAAUGAAACAAAGAUUGCAAAUUUUUUUCACUUGUGUUUUACAUCAAUACUUGGUUGAGUCCAGAUUUCAGUUGAAGUUGUUCUUCAAGACACAAUCGUAAGAUUACAUAGCAGCUGCCAAGAAAUGAGAUAUAGAGUAAAGUUGAUUGUUCCAUAUAAAGAACAAUAAUAAGCAUUGAGGAUCAUGAUAUCAUAGACAAACAAAAUUAAAUUUUUUUAUUUCUUUUCCCAAGACUUUGUCAGGGAGUGGUGAUUUAUUGGCUUGUUGUGGAUUUUCACUUAUGUAAAGCUUUAGGAUCAUUGAGAGAAUCUUGUUGGAACAUAACUGUAUUUAUUAUCUUUCAGAACAGAUUGUGGAAUGAGUAACAUUUUCUCUCCAUUGCA